AUGGCUGCGGAGACCUUCCUAAAAACGAACAAGUAUUCGAAGUAUACAUCGUAUAGGAAAAUUCUGUAUCAUAGGUUCUUUGUCGGUCUUCUAUUGUUUAUUGUAGUAUCUUUAGUGUUAAUAGUGAUAUGUAAUGUUUUUGUGGGAAGUGCACCUCGAGUGGAUUUUCACGAAUCUGUAAACUUGGAUGUCAUAAGAUUUCCUAUUCAGACGCUCAAAAGCGAAUCUCGUACAUCAAAAGAACGCGCCACAAACUGUACUUAUUGGCUUUGUUUCAAUGUAUACAAAUGUGGCAGAGGAGGUCAUGAUAAGAUAACCAUUUAUAUCUAUCCACUGAAAGAUUACAGAACAGGAGAUGGGAAGGCAAUAUCCCAAUUUUCUAGGGAAUUUUACGAAAUUUUGCAUACUAUAAAGAAUAGUAAAUAUUAUACGCCAAAUCCAGACGACGCCUGCUUAUUAGUGCCUAGUAUAGAUACACUGAAUCAGAACAGCUUUUCUAGUAAACAUGUUGCACAAGCUCUGCAAUCUCUUGAAUACUGGAAUAAUGGAGAAAAUCACCUUAUAUUUAAUAUGUUGGCUGGAACACUACCAAAUUACAACUCAGUUAUCGACCUUAACACAAGCAAAGCAAUUAUAGCGGGUGCAGGAUUCAACACUUGGACUUUUAGAUAUGGUUUUGACAUCUCUAUACCUUUGUACAGUCCCAUUGCUGAAAAAAUUGAUCAAUCACAGCCCAAACAAAAAAACUAUAUGAUAAUUUCUACACAAUUUAAUAUUCCCGAGGACUAUUUAUCAGAAUUACAAAGUAUAGCAUCAUCAUCAAAUGAUUUAUUACUGUUAGAUAGAUGUAAGUCAGAAAACGCAGAUUUUACAAAACGGUGUGAAUAUACAACGGGGAAAGUAUUUGAUUAUCCUGAAAUUUUAAAGGAGGGUAUGUUUUGUUUGAUUGUGAGAAGUGCGAGAUUGGCACAACCUAUAUUGAUGGAUAUUAUUGCAUCGCAAUGUAUACCUAUAAUAAUUGCUGACACCAUUGUAAUGCCUUUUAAUUCUCAUGUAGACUGGAAUAGAAUUGCAUUGUUUGUACCUGAGGAGAAUAUUAAAAGCUUAUUGAAAAUUGUUCACUCCGUCAGCAAAGAGAGGCGAGGAGAACUAUAUUGGCAGCUGAGAUGGGUAUAUGAAAGAUAUUUCUCUAGCAUAGAGAAAAUUACUUUAACAACACUAGAAAUAUUGAAUGAGAAGGUAUUUCCAUUGGCAGCUCGGAUGUAUGAAGAUUGGAAUAUGCCUGAACAUUUGUAUGGUCCAGUAAACCCUCUAUUCUUGCCGGUCACCGCACCGAAAUCGCCAGGCUUCACAGCGGUUAUACUCACUUAUGACCGUGUGGACAGUUUGUUCACACUUGUAAGGAAGCUAGUGAGAACUCCGAGUCUAGCGAAGAUCCUCGUUGUGUGGAACAAUCAAAAGAAACAACCGCCGCCAUCUUCCGAAUGGCCAGUAGUGAACAAGCCAUUGAAAGUGAUACAAACCAAAGAGAACAAAUUGUCGAACAGAUUUUUUCCAUACGACGAUAUUGAAACGGAAUGCCAGCUGACGAUUGACGAUGACAUCGUCAUGUUAACUCCAGAUGAGUUGGAAUUCGGUUUCGACGUAUGGCGGGAAUUCCCCGAUAGAAUAGUCGGGUUUCCCUCGCGUCUGCACGUAUGGGACAACGUCACGAAUUCAUGGAGGUACCAUAGUGAAUGGACUAAUCAAAUCUCUAUGGUAUUGACUGGAGCAGCCUUCCAUCAUAAGAUAUGGUCUUGGUACUAUACGUACAAAAUGCCCUCCGAAAUCCGGACGUGGGUGGACGAUAAUUUCAAUUGUGAAGACAUCGCUAUGAACUUCCUAGUCGCUAAUAUUACUAGAAAACCACCUAUUAAGGUAACUCCCCGUAAAAAGUUUAAGUGUCCAGAGUGUACCAAUACUGAAAUGUUGUCUGCCGACGCCCGCCAUAUGUCGCAGAGAUCUGCAUGCAUUGAUAAAUUUACGCGGAUUUACGGACAUAUGGCGUUAAAGUCCGUGGAAUUCCGCGCGGAUCCGCUACAAUACAGAGAAACUGGGUCCGGGAUUCCGCAAGUCUAUCCCGAUAUAGGAGCGUUG